CAAUGAAGCGGAGGAGCGCACUAUAAAGCAAGAGCCCAUACUCUGUUUUGGGGACAUGUAGAGAGUUCAGCAACACUACUAUACUAUUUUUUUUAGUAUUCUGGAAAAUACUUCUGGGACCACAGCAUUGUUCCUCUUUUACCAUCUGACUAAGGUUGAGCAGAAGCUAGAAAAAAAAGGAGCUGUCAUCAUGGCGCUAAUGAUACUUCCAUUCAUUGGAUCAGUGUCCAUAUCUGAGAGUUUGGUGGCCAUGGCAACAGUGUGUCUGGUCUACCUGAUCCUCAAGUUUUUCCACACUGAGAUUCCUGAGGGGCUUCGUCAGCUGCCAGGACCAAAGCCCCUGCCUAUCAUUGGAAAUGUGCUGGAGAUGGGCAGCAAACCUUACCUGAGUCUCUCUGCCAUGAGCAAGAGCUACGGCCACGUCUUCCAGAUCCAGAUUGGCAUGCGUCCUGUGGUCGUGCUGAGUGGCAUUGAAGCAGUUCGACAGGCUCUCAUCAAGCAAGGGGACGAGUUUGCGGGCAGACCUGACCUGUACUCCUUCAGAUUCAUCAACAAUGGCGAGAGUCUGGCCUUCAGUUCUGAACAUGCUGGUGUCUGGCGUGCCCGCAGGAAGCUGGCCUACAGUGCUCUGCGCUCCUUCUCCAACCUGGAGGGCACGACCCCGGAGUACUCCUGCGUUCUGGAGGAACACGUCAGCAAAGAGGGAGCAUAUCUGAUCAAACAGCUCAACACUGUUAUGAAGGCUGAAGGCAGUUUCGACCCAUUCCGCUACAUCGUUGUCUCUGUUGCUAAUGUGAUCUGUGCCAUGUGCUUUGGCCGACGGUAUGACCACAAUGACCAGGAGCUGCUCAGCCUCGUGAACCUCAGUGAUGAGUUUGGCCAGGUGGUGGGCAGUGGUAACCCUGCAGACUUCAUCCCUGCUCUUCAAUUCCUGCCCAGCCCAACAAUGAAGAAAUUUAUUGGCAUCAAUAAUCGCUUCAACGUUUUUGUGAAAAAGAUUGUCAGCGAGCACUAUACCACCUUCGACAAGGACAACAUUCGUGACAUCACCGACUCCCUCAUUGACCACUGUGAGGACAGGAAGCUGGAUGAGAACUCCAAUGUCCAGGUGUCAGAUGACAAGAUUGUAGGAAUUGUCAAUGACCUGUUUGGAGCUGGUUUUGACACUGUCUCCACUGCCCUGUCUUGGUCAGUGAUGUACUUGGUUGCUUACCCAGAGAUACAGGAAAGGCUUUAUCAAGAUCUGAAGGACAAAGUGAGUGUGGAUCGCAGUCCUCGUCUCUCUGAUAGACCCAACUUGCCAUUUCUUGAGGCUUUCAUCCUGGAGAUGCUUCGCCAUUCUUCAUUCCUGCCCUUCACUAUCCCACACUGCACGACAAAAGACACGUCUCUGAAUGGCUACUUCAUCCCCAAAGACACCUGUGUCUUCAUCAAUCAGUGGCAGAUCAACCAUGAUCCGGAGUUGUGGAAAGAUCCGUCUUCAUUCAACCCAGACCGCUUCCUGAGUGCUGAUGGCACUGAACUCAACAAGUUGGAGGGGGAGAAGGUUAUGACUUUUGGCUUGGGAAAGCGGCGCUGCAUCGGCGAGGUCAUUGCACGAAAUGAAGUCUACCUCUUUUUGGCAAUCAUGGUCCAGAAGCUGCACUUCAGCACAAUUCCUGGAGAGCCGCUGGACAUGACCCCAGAAUACGGUCUCACAAUGAAGCACAAACGCUGCCACCUGAGAGCCACAAUGCGAGCGAGGGAUGAGCAGUGAAUGUAUGAAUGUGCUAUUUUGAAUGUACAAAGUUUGACUCAAUAGGUGGUAUAAGUUAACUCAUAACACCGUAUGGGUCACAGUCAGUUUAAUGAUCAGUGAAAGAAGCGUCUCUCUCAGAAUGUAAGGCACUGGAUGCCGAAAAGGAUCCACAGAGCUACUGGCAUUAAAGCAAAUAUGUGAAUUUUGCUUACUGCAGAUUGUCAGAGAUGUCUUGGUUCAUAUGAACUUAUCUCAUUUUUUUUGGUAUAUUCCUUUGAGAUAUUCCUGCACAUGACUAGUGCUACUCAGUGAAGUACAAGGAUAUACUUGGUUCUCCUGUGUUGUGUAGUAAACUAAACUGCUUCCAUUCAGAAGUUGUAAAACACUCAGAGACUAUGUUUUGUUUGCUUUGUUCAACUCUGGGACAAACAGUAUGCUUUACUGGAUAGGCAUUACAAUUUAGACCACUGCAAACUACAUUUUUCUCUUCUGUGACACAGGACUUUGAACUGAACAGAUAUUAGGCUAGCUUUUGAUACCAUGGACACUUGUAAGCUAAUUAUUUGUAUUCCAUUAUAAUGUGGAUGUAAGACACUGAAGCUAUAUUUGUAUCCCAAAAUGUGAUGUUUUUUUGUGUAUAGAGGGUAUGCGCAUGAUGUCACAGAACACAGUUAUGCUCACUGAGUGGCAGAAAGACAAGCAGCAGUGUUAGCUUGAAUCAGCUAAAACACAAACAACACAUCUAAAACGGGAAAGAGCUGGACCACUGGUUCUUUGGUAAGCAGUUAGGAUCACUGUCAAGUCCGACUGCCUUCAAUUUGAGCAAAUAAUCACUUCUUUUACUCCCAGUUUGCUAAACGCAGCCAUGGAAACAGAUAUUUUGCCACUCAGUCCACCAUGUUCCGGAAGGGGAAGUGACAUCAACGCACACCCUCUAUAUCAAGUUCUCUGUAUUUUAUAGUAAUUUUUAUGUGCCUAGCAUUUGUAUAUAUUUGAGGUGAAAUAGUUUUGCUGUGCAUCAGUAUAUGAGUACAGUAUAUGAACUAUCAGGAUGCAAAAAGAGUUCCCGUGAUUUCUGAACAAUAGUAGACAGCUAUACAUUUUUGUAUUUCUAUCUCUAAUGCAUCAGUGCUUGUAUAACAUUUGUGGCAUGUAAGGGCAUGUGAUUGGAGCAUUAUUUAAUCAGCCACGCAAAUAAAAUAAAAUUUAUACUGUAAUGAUCA